AAUCGAACAACCUGUAAGUGCCAGACCUGAAAAUGCCCUUGUUACUGAAAUAACAACUGUUAUUGACACAAGGCUCUGCGAACGGCAGGUCCUGGAAUACACCUAUCUAUGACGUCAUUCCACAGAAGAAUAUCAAGGCCUACUUCUCGAGCCCUGCCCACUGGUUCGCGCAUGACAGUACUGAACACAAGCUGCACGGAACCAGAUAGAGCGAGUGUAAGCAUCAUGCCGUUAAAGAUCGCAAAAUAUUGUGCAGUGUCUGGUUGUGGAAGAACACAGUCGCUGCAUAACCUUCCUUAGGAUUCCGACAGUAGGAAUGUGUGGUUGAAGUUCAUUUUUAAAGACGUUCCAGCUCACGUGGGGAAAACAUUGAGCGUUUGUUCACUUCAUUUCAACGCGGAUUCCUUGAACAAGUCUUUGCGGAGAGACUAAAAUUAAAAAGCAGUGCUGUGCCAUCAAUAUUGGAUCCGAUAGGAAUGGCGCAGCAAUCUUAUGAUGCAGGUAUGAUUGGAGGGUGGCCACGCCUCCUGACAGUUACGUCACUGGCACUGCUGUUGGCGUGCUCCGUGGGGGCGGGACCGGACUGCAGGUCUGUCACCAUUGAGACUGAUAGUCGCAUAGCAGAACAGGUGCAGCAGCGCCACCUCCAUGCACUGUUUGAGAAGUAUGGCCAAAACGGGAGUAUUUCCUUAGGAGGCUUGUACAACAUGCUUAAGGGGUUGGGGCUAGGCCACAUCCGGAGGGUGAUGGUACAUCACCACGGAAACACACACAAUCAUACACACUCGCAUUCUCACGCACAUACACAUGUGGACAAACUCACUACACACGCGCAUGCUGUUGCCAGCAAGAAGGUAGAGGGAGACCAUAAUGUGGAGAAGAGUGAACCUGUCACAAAAGUGCAGCCUGAUCCCGCCCUUGGGAAGAAGAGCGAAUCGGAUGCGCACCACAAUCUCUACAUGAAGGUGAAUCAGGAACUGACCACACCUUUGACCACGCCGUCCGCUGCCACAAAAUCACGACGAACGAAUCGUAGCGCUGACUAUGAUUUAACCCAGGACCAUGCUCCCUUUGAUGCCGUCCCGCCAAACGCAACGCACACUAACCACACCCACCAGCCUGAGGAUACACCCACCCAUGUACACGAGGAUGACCAUGAUGAGCAUGAACACAUCCAUCACAGUCUGGAGUGUCAAAACGCCUCCACAAUCCUGCAGUCGCAUGGCAUGAUAAAGGAAGCGGGUGUAUCUGUCAGUGACUUUGCUUACUUGUGUCCUGCCCUUCUCAUGCAAAUUGAUUCAAAGUCCUGCCUCCUGCAUGACAAUGGCCAGUUAGAUCACACCCAUCAUCACCAUCAUCAUCACCACCACAGUCUGCAUAAUCACACCAAUGGCAGAAGCCAAAGGAGUGUCUCUAUUAAUGUUGCUUGGAUAGGAGGCUUUCUCUCCAUCACUUUAAUCAGCUUGCUGGCGCUAGUGGGCGUGGUUUUGAUUCCGCUCAUGAACAGAGUUUGCUUCAACUUCCUGCUAAGCUUCCUGGUGGCCCUUGCUGUGGGCACUCUCAGCGGAGAUGCGUUCCUGCAUCUCAUACCACAUUCACAGGGCCAUAACAAGCACAGCCACUCUGAGCAUCAUAACCAUGGAGAGGAGGUGGAAGAGGAUUCUCUGAGACCAGUGUGGACGGGACUGACCGCGCUGAGCGGGGUCUACAUUAUGUUCCUCAUCGAGCACUUCCUCACCCUUGGCAAAAUGUAUAAGGACAAAAAACAGAAGAAGAGGGUUGAUCUCGCCGCUGAAGUUUUGGAAUCUGAGAAACAGCCAUCACUGGAAGACAAUGGCGUCAAAACACUCGAUGCUGCUGAAACGAAUGGCGGAAGUGCGUGUGCGCGAGGCGUGGCAGAAGAAGAGGAAGUAAUGUUGGGGGCGGAGCUCUACACCGACAUGGAUUGUGAAAACAAAUGCCACUCCCACUUUCAUGAUACUGUCGGCCAGUCAGACGAGCAGCAUCAUCAUCACCACGACUACCACCAUAUAUUGCAUCACCAUCAUUCCCAGAACCACCAUCCUCACACGCACACGCAUAGACACACGCACUCCUACUCACUUCAGCACUUCCAGCAGGCUGGUGUGGCUACUCUUGCUUGGAUGGUCAUCAUGGGGGACGGACUUCAUAACUUCAGCGAUGGACUUGCCAUAGGAGCAGCUUUCACCGAAGGGUUGUCCAGUGGUCUUAGUACUUCAGUUGCUGUAUUCUGUCAUGAACUUCCUCAUGAGCUGGGUGAUUUUGCGGUCUUGCUGAAAGCGGGUAUGUCAGUACGACAGGCCAUUCUCUACAAUCUUCUGUCAGCCCUGAUGGGAUAUCUGGGGAUGAUUACAGGCAUUCUGAUUGGUCAUUACGCAGAAAAUGUGUCCAUGUGGAUCUUCGCUCUGACGGCUGGGCUUUUUAUGUAUGUCGCCCUUGUAGACAUGGUACCUGAAAUGUUACACAAUGACGCGGGUGAAGCAGGCUUCAGCCAUUAUGGUUUCUUCCUCCUGCAAAAUGCUGGAAUUCUCCUGGGCUUUGGAAUCAUGCUGGUCAUUGCAAUAUUUGAGCACAGGAUACAACUGGACAUUGGCUUCUGACCUUACAACGCCACUUCAUCUAAAUAUCAGAAUUAUAAUGCUGCUUAUACACCUGAAACCCGAAUCAUGUCCACUUGUUGGCAUACCUGAAAUCUCAUCUAGUCUUAAACAGGUGAUGGCAGCUUGAAAAGCACCAUCAGUUACCAUCUCGCUUGUGGGCAAUUAAAACAGUAUUUAUAAGUAUUGACUGUUACAGUUUCAAUUUAAAAGAAAUGUGCCACAUUGAGAAUGUGGAGUGUUUUUGUUUCGUUUUUUGCUACACAGUGCUGUACAGUAGUUGUUGAAAUGAGUGUUGCUUUGAUCUUUUUGCACAUGUUGCCCAUCCAACAUUCCAGUAAAAACAUGCGAGUGUUUCAACAAAUCCUGUGCCUCAUCUUGUGUCACUUUAGUGGUGGGUGGGUGACUCUGUCUAAAGUCUAAACCUGAUAGUGGGAAUGUCAGCGUUUGUAAAAGUCGGUGUGUGUUACUGGAGUGGGAAUCAUGCUUCCUCAUUAAACUGAGGGGACUGAAACUAAGUCUCUUAAUUGGACAGUUCACCCCAAAAUAAAAAAUCAUUUUUUCACCUUCGAGUUGUUCCAAUUCUGUAUACAUUUCUUUGUUCUGAUGAACACCGAAAAAAUAGGGCCACCGUUGACUACCACAGUAGGAAAAAUUAUAAUGGUAGUGAAAAGUACUCCAGAACUGUUUGCUUUUCUAAAUUCUUCAAAAUACCUUUUGUGUUCAACAGAACAAAGAAUUUAUACUGAUUAGGAAUAACUCGAGGGUUAAUAAUUUCUUCCUACUAUGGAAGUCAAUGGUGGCCAAGAACUGUUUGGUUACAAGCAUUCUUCUAAAUAUCUUUCUCUGUCUUCCAUCAGAACAAAGAAAUUAUAUUGUUUGGGAAUAACUCGAAGGUGAGUAAAAGACAGAAUUUUCAUUUUUGGGUGAACUGUUCCUUUAAGCACCUGCAUGGUAUAACUCGGCUCUAUAAAUGAUACUAACAGUGCAUGUUCUGACCUUCAGAUUUUCUUUUUACGGCUUUUCUACUUUAAAGAAACAACA